AUGUUAUGGACAAUCUUCCUGCUGCUUAAUGGACUGCUUAUACUAAUUCUCCUUUACUCCACUCGCACAAGACAGAAAGAUGAGCCACCUCUGGACAAAGGCUUCAUACCAUGGCUGGGGCACGCACUCGAGUUUGGAAAAGAUGCUGCAAAGUUUUUGGCCCGGAUGAAAGAAAAGCACGGAGAUAUCUUCACAGUCUGUGUACUUGGUAAGUAUGUGACAGUGCUGCUGGACCCAAACUCUUUUGAUGAGGUGGUUAACGACACAGCGUUUCUGGACUUCACCUGCAGCAGAAGCCAGGUCCUGAAAAAGAUCUUCAGUCUUCAACUGCCAAGCAUCAAGCCUGCAACAGAGAGGGAAUGGAUGAAACUGCAUUUUCAAGGUCUCGGUCUGUCUGAGCUAAGCAGUUCCAUGAACAUUCACCUUCAACGUCAGCUGCUGAGUGACCAGAGCGCCUGUGGCCCCUCGGAGUGGAGACAGGACGGGCUCUUCAGCUUAUGUCACAGCCUGCUCUUCAGGGCUGGAUAUCUUACAUUGUUUGGGAGGAGAGACAAUGCCACCGCAGUCUAUGAAGAGUUCUGCAAGUUUGACCGUCUCCUCUCCAAAAUUGCUGUUGGCACACUCAGCCGAGGGGAAACUAAAACAGCCAACACGUCCCGGGAGCGACUGUGGGAUCUGCUGUCUCCGAGCUGCCUGAGCUCAGAGACGGGCUCCUGGCAGCAGAGCUACCAGAACUUCCUGCAGAUGCAAGGAGUGGAUGCAGAAAUGCAAAGAAGAGCCUUACUGUUGCAGCUGUGGACCACACAGUGUAAUGCUGGACCUGCUGCCUUCUGGCUCCUUGGCUUCCUGCUCACUCAUCCUACGGCCAUGGAGGCUGUGAAAUCAGAGGUCAGACGUAUUACUUCCCAGGAAUCGAACCCCCGGCGUCCUCCCAUCAACCCACUGGAAGCACACAGCACACCUGUGCUUGACAGCGUUCUGACAGAGACCCUCCGGCUCACCGCUGCGGUAAUGAUCAGAAGAGAGGUGAUUCAGGCUAAGAGGCUGCGCAUGGCCAACGGACAGGAGUACCUUCUCAGACAGGGGGACAAAGUGUGUCUGUUCCCCUUCCUCAGCCCUCAAAUGGACCCAGAGAUCCACCAAGACCCACAGAUGUUCAAGUACGAUCGCUUCUUAAAUGAAGAUAAUACGGUGAAGGAUACGUUCUACAAGGAGGGGAAAAGAUUGAAAUACUACACCUUGCCUUGGGGGGCGGGGAAAAACAUCUGCAGUGGGAAGGAGUUUGCUGUUAAGACCAUUAAACAAUUUGUGUUUUUGCUUUUGACCCGACUGGAUGUGGAGAUGUGUGACCCGGGGGAUUCACUGCCACCCGUAAAUCCCAGUCGCUACGGCUAUGGAAUGCUGCAGCCGGACGGAGAUCUGCAGGUUCGAUACCGACUGAAGGAGACGCUGUAUGAAUUAUGA